CCUUUCGCACACAAGAUGGCGGCACCCAGAGGAGUAGAGGCCGCGCCUAGGGUUUGCUGAGGCUCCCUUCCCCACUGCCCUUUCGAGCGCAAAGCGCCGCGAGCCCAGAGGACGGGGGCCGGGCGGGGACAGGGGCACCUGCGUAGCUGGACCGCGAGUCCGCGCCCAGCCUGCGCCGCCCCCACCCGGCCCCGGCCUGACCCCAUCCCUUCGGUUCCCGAUCUCCUCUCGGUCUGACCCAUUGCCCGGCCGUGGUACGCCACCACCAGGCCUCCAAAGCUGAGGUUUCUCCUCCAGCCCGGGAUCACCUUCACUUUAGAGAUGUUUGGCCUCUUCCCUCCCAAACAGCCUUCCUUCAAAACCGGGACUCCUGGACCGGUACCUGGCCCCCUUUCCCUCCCCUGAGACUCCACUUCCUUCUAACUGGCUUCUUCCUCAGAUUCUCCCUGGAUUGGAGACUUCUCACCUCCCUUACAAAUUAAUCCCUGACCCCCUUUCCCCCGCCCCUUAAACAUUGACCACCGUGACACCCUUCUAACCGGGAGCCAGAUUUCAUUUUGUACUAAUCCCCAUAGCCCCUAUCAUGGAGGCUGUGUAUCUAGUAGUGAAUGGGGUGGGCCUGUUGCUGGAUGUGCUGACCUUGGUGUUGGACCUCAACUUCCUGCUGGUGUCCUCCCUCCUGGCUUCCCUGGCCUGGCUCCUGGCCUUCAUCUACAACCUGCCACACACGGUACUGACUAGUCUUCUACACUUGGGCCGCGGAGUCUUGCUUUCACUGCUGGCCUUGAUCGAAACCGUGGUCCGCUUCACCUUUGGGGGCUUGCAGGCCUUGUGUACAGUACUCUACAGUUGCUAUUCUGGCCUGGAGAGCUUAAAGCUCCUGGGGCAUCUGGCCUCUCAUGGGGCACUUAGGAGCCGCGAGAUCCUGCACCGGGGCGUCCUCAAUAUGGUCUCCAGUGGCCAUGCUUUGCUGCGCCAGGCCUGUGACAUAUGUGCCAUUACCAUGAGCCUGGUGGCCUACGUGAUCAACAGCCUGGUCAACAUCUGCCUGAUUGGCACUCAGAACCUCUUCUCCCUGGUGCUGGCCCUGUGGGAUGCAGUGAUGGGGCCUCUGUGGAGGAUGACAGAUGUGGUGGCUGCCUUCCUAGCCCACAUUUCCAGCAGUGCUGUGGCCAUGUCCAUCCUCCUCUGGACCCCCUGCCAACUAGUACUGGAGCUCCUGGCCUCAGCUGCCCGCUUCCUGGCCAGCUUUGUGCUUGUCAAUCUCACCGGCCUGGCACUGCUGGCUUGUGUGCUGGCAGUGACGGUGACUGUGUUGCACCCGGACCUCACCUUGAGGCUGGCCAGUCGGGCCUUCAGCCAGCUUCAUGCCCGGCCAUCCUACCACCGGCUCAGAGAGGAUGUUGUGCGGCUUUCUCGUCUAGCAUUGGGCUUGGAGGCGUGGCGCCGAGUCUGGAGCCGUAGCUUGCAGCUGGCCAGCUGGCCAAACCGAGGAGGGGCACCUGGGGCCCCCCAGGGUGGCCCUAGGAGGGUGCCCUCAGACAGGACCUGGCGACAGGACACUCUCCCUGAAGCAGGGCCCAGAACAGAGGCGGAAGGGGAGGAAGUCAGGAUGGCCAGAAUGACAGCUGCCCGGGGCCGGGAGAGGCUCAAUGUGGAGGAGCCUAUAGCUGGGCAAGACCCAUGGAAGUUGCUGAAGGAGCAAGAGGAGCGGAAGAAGUGUGUUAUCUGCCAGGAUCAGAGCAAGACAGUGCUGCUUCUGCCGUGUCGGCACCUGUGCCUCUGCCAGGCCUGCACUGAGAUCCUGAUGCGCCACCCCGUCUACCACCGCAACUGCCCUCUGUGCCGCCGGGGCAUCCUGCAGACCCUCAAUGUCUACCUCUGAAGACUCUCCCUCCCUGCCCACCCUCCACGCUCCACGUGGCCACCUGCUCUAGGACAGCAUUAACACCUGAACUCUGGGGCCUGGCUUGAAUCCCCUCCUGCCCUCACGGCCAUCAUGCCAGAACCUCUAAGCCAUGGGUCCAGGAUACUGAGAUGGGAGACUCUGGAAGACUCUGGCUUGGGUGGGGGCAGGGGAACCACUUUUCCCCACAGGGUCCCUGUGACACGGAGGGUGUUGAGUGUGUCGCUCUGCAAGACCCUGAGACUCUUCGCCAUGGACUGUCCUCUGGCUUGCCAGGGCCCACCCAGAUGCCAGUGUCUGGGGCUCCCCUGCGCUUCUGGUUUUUCUGUUGGGGAUUUGUAGGUUCUCUCCCUGCUCCCUCUCUCCUUCCUCCCCAGCUUCUGCAGCCACGCACAUCAGUGUCAUUUGGAUGUUUUGGCAACUCAAGGGCCUUGGGAUGAUCUUGAACUUUGCUUUCAGCUGGGGUUCUGAGUCCCUGCAGGCUUUGAGGGUUGUAUCUCUCCGGUGCCCUUACAGCUGCCACUUCUACCUGGCAUGCUCUUCUGAGGCCCCCUCCCAGUCUGACCCAAGAGCUGGGAUCAGGAGCUAAGCCCCAAGGGUGUGUGUGUGUGUGUGCGGGGGUGUGUGCGUGCGCGUGCGCUUUUGCACUUGGCCUUGGGACCAUGUACCCUCUGGCGCCCCAGCACUACUGGGAGCCUCAGGAGGGACUGCCGGAUUUCUACUCUUAUCCCUUUCACUCCCCACAUCACAGAGAAAAACGCAUUCCCCUUCCGUUUGUCUCUCCUGGCCCUGCAGAGGGCAGACUGUGCUCAUGUCACUAGGGUCCAAAUAUAGAGGGUGCCGGGGCAGAGGGGCACACAGCUCCCUGAGGGGUCUGCCUGGCCCAGGUUCCAGUGAAUAAAGUUCUGUUACAGCUCCAA